CGUCGCUCUUUUACAAAACUACUACAAUGCGUUGGCUCUCUACGGCCCUUGUCAUCCUCGCGACGAGCUUGGCAACGGUGUACGCCGCUAGCGGACCCACUCAAUGUCUUGCUUUUGACAUCAACUGGAACUUGCUGUUUACCAACGCCAUCUACGUCAUCAACGGUGACUCAAAAAACCCAACCACCGUCUACAUCUACGACGCAACCGCCAAAUCAUGGUCCGCCCAAACGACCACCACCACGCCCGCCACUUCCGGUGGUCCCCAAUUCGACCCAACUAACUUUGGUGGGAUCCUCGAUCAUGAUACCAACGUCUUUUACGCCUACUCAGGCUCCAAUGAAGAACUCUUCUCACUCGACAUGGGCCUCCUCAAAUCCGCCAAUUCAACCGCUAUCCCAUGGGUGGACGUCCAAAAACCGAAUUUUGCGACGGGCCAAUCGACGGCAUCGUAUCAGCCCGUCAUGGCGCUUGCUCAGAACCAUAUCCACUUUUUGGGUCUUCCAGGACUGCCGGCUGGGGAUGCGAUGAUUUUUGUUAUUCAUUUCUCGUUCUUGCAACCUACCCCGCAGUCGUAUGGGACCUUCCCGGCUACGCAUGGGCGUGCUGCGAGUUUCUUCCAGCAGACUGGGGUACAAACAUAGUUUGCGUUCAUACCAGAGGACGGUUCGGCAACGUAUGCCGUCAACGUCGUCGCCCGACGACGAAAGACUCUUCAGCAACAUACGCAACCUCCACAUCAGCCCUUGUCCAACUCUCUACGAGCGCGGGUGUGAGUUGGAUGGGGUAUGAUUCGUCUUCGGGGACUGGAACGGCGUGGUCGGCUGUUAACGCUCUUCCUUCUGUUAAUUUGACGUCUGUCACCUCUGGGAGCGGGGCGAGUUCGACGAGUAGUGGCGCUGUUAAGCCUAGUGGGAGUGCUGGGACUGGAAGUGGAAGUGGGGGGAGUACGAGUAAGUCUGGUGCGGUGAGUGUUCGGGUUGGUGCGUGGUGGGGUUUGGUGGUGGGUGUGAUUGGGGUGGGGCUUGGGUUGGUGGUGUGAGAUGUUGGUUGGCGGUGGGCGGUGAAUGGACUCGAUGCGAUAGAUGGACGAUUGAACACACUCUUUCUAGUUUCUUUGCUUUGCAUCAAUCAUAUCAUAUGG